CCGUUCCUCUGCAGGCGAAAGGGGUAAGAGCCUAAGAGGAGGACGCGAGAAGCAGAGGCCGCCCGCCAAAAAAAAACAGAGCAAGCCAGAGACGCCGGCGGCGAUGCUGCUGCUGAGCCAAACUCCGGCCGGGGCUCUCUCCUCCAAGAGCAGCUGCUGCUGCUGCUGCUCCUCCGCCUCCUCCAUCGCCUUCGCCGCCGCUCGCCCUCCCCUCUUCUCCCACCGCAUGCCCAACUUCUCCUCCCGGGCCCGCCCCUCGCGGCCGCCCCCCUCCAGGCUCGCCCUCGCCAAAGCCGACGACGCCCUCGACACCGCCUCCGCCGCCACCCGCCGUCCCCCUUCUUCUCCCCCGUUCGACGGCGGCGACACCGUCUUCGUGGGCCAGGAGAGCGUUCCCCUCGAGGGCGUCACAUUCGAGAAGCCGAGCUCCGCCUCCCGUUUGAAGAAAUGGGGGCGGGUCGCGUUGCUGGCUGGUGGGGAUGUCGUGGCUUUGCUUCUGUUCGCUGCAAUUGGUAGAUUCAGUCACGGGUUCCCGGUUUUCGACCUCGAGACUCUGCGUACCGCUGACCCUUUUAUCGCCGGCUGGUUUUUGGGUGCUUACUUCCUCGGGGGCUAUGCUGAGGAUGGUCGUGGUGAGAAUGGUCUAUCCAAGGCAGUGCUCUCUACUUCCAAAUCGUGGGCUUUUGGAAUUCCACUUGGAAUAGCUAUAAGGGCUGUGUUAUCAAGCCACAUCCCUCCUUACAAUUUUAUCUUAGUUACAAUGGGAAGCACUGCUGUUUUGCUUAUUGGCUGGAGGACACUGUUAUGUAGUGUUCUCCCAAAUGAGGAGAGCAAGAAGAGCGAUGUCUAUAGACGUGGAAGCCCAUUUGAACUGUUUGAGCUGCUUACAUCAUUAGUGCGAAGGUGGUGAUGGUGAUGGGUUAUCUCCUUUGUGCACGUUGCAGCUUCUGUAUCUAUGCCUAUUUUUAAAUGUAAAUCUGUAAGCAUCACAAAGAGGAUAGACUCGCUGCUUUCUUAGCUGACGACCCAAUUUUGAAGAUUGAUGUGAUUUACUCAUAUGUACAAAAGCGAGCUUCCAAAACUUGUUGGAACUCCAUUUAAGGGCUGAAUGGAAUCUCUGAGAAAGUAGCGGUAAGGAAUAAUUGUUUCAUCAAUCACUUCCAGAGUUCUUGGCCUGA